GAAUGAAAAUUAUUCCAACAAAUUAGUUGCAAAUUUUUCUCUUUUUUCCGUUUCUUUAACUUUUUCAUCCCUUUCUUUAACUUUGUCUUGAACAAUCAAGAUUUUCUUCGAUUUGUUGAUCUGCUUUUACCUAUUAGCUGAUCUCUGCUCUCGAAAAUAUUGGGGUUGGGAUGAGCUGCAGCUCAUGGCCGGAAUUCCCUAUUAAAACUUUUCAAGCAUCGAAUUUUGACGAGAUGGGCUGCUUUGAAUGGAUAGGAACACGCUUCUGAUGGUCGAAACUCGUCAUAUAUAUGUAUGUAUAUUGCGUAGCUGAAGAGUUUUUUUUUGCUGAGUGAGUCGAAAAAUGGGUUGUUUUCCCUGCUUCGGAUCAUCGAAGACGGAAGUAAAUAGUAGUAGCAAUGGAGUCAAAGAAGUGUCAAAGAAGGAUUCUGUUAAAGAGGGUUCAGCAGCUCAGUCCAAUUCUAAUGUAAAUAGAGUGAAUUCAGAUAAACCAAGACUUCGGACUGGUAACGAUUCGAAGAAAGAAAUGACAAUUCCGAAAGAGCCAAAUAUAGCUGCACAAAUAUUCACAUUUCGUGAGCUUGCUGCAGCGACAAAGAACUUUAGACCAGAGUCCUUGCUGGGUGAAGGUGGGUUUGGACGUGUUUACAAAGGUCGACUAGAAAGCACAGGACAGGCUGUUGCAGUUAAGCAGCUUGAUCGGAAUGGCCUUCAAGGGAAUCGAGAGUUUUUGGUGGAGGUUCUCAUGCUUAGCCUCUUGCAUCAUCCAAAUUUUGUCAACCUGAUAGGGUAUUGUGCUGAUGGUGACCAACGUCUGCUAGUAUAUGAGUACAUGCCAUUGGGAUCGCUGGAGGACCAUUUACAUGAUGUUCCACCGGAUAAAGAACCUUUGGACUGGAAUACAAGGAUGAAGAUAGCUGCCGGUGCAGCAAAGGGAUUAGAAUACUUGCAUGACAAAGCGAAUCCACCUGUCAUUUACAGAGACCUAAAAUCUUCUAACAUUCUUCUUGAUGAGGGUUAUUUCCCAAAGUUGUCUGAUUUUGGGCUUGCGAAACUGGGGCCCGUUGGGGACAAAACCCACGUCUCUACGAGGGUGAUGGGAACAUAUGGUUAUUGUGCCCCAGAGUAUGCUAUGACUGGUCAGCUCACCCUAAAAUCUGAUGUCUACAGUUUUGGAGUUGUCUUCCUCGAAAUCAUCACGGGGCGUAAAGCUAUCGACAACAUGAGAAGUGCGGGGGAGCAGAAUCUCGUCGCAUGGGCGAGACCGCUUUUCAAGGACCGAAGAAAGUUUCCAAAAAUGGCAGAUCCUCUACUGCAAGGCCGUUACCCUAUGCGUGGACUCUAUCAGGCACUAGCAGUGGCAGCCAUGUGCUUGCAAGAGCAAGCAGCCACGAGGCCUCUAAUUGGUGAUGUUGUUACUGCUUUAACAUAUUUGGCCUCACAGAGUUAUGACCCCAACGCACCCGGCUCCCAGAGCAGAGGAGGCUCGGGUACGCCAAGGCACAGGGAUGUGCGCAGGAAUAUAUCUGAUGCCGACAGCCUGGAAGAUGUGGGGCGAGGUGGCCACUACGGAUCACCUUCUGCACACAAGAACUCUCCCAAUUUCAGGAUGAAAGACUCGGCUGGAGACUUAAAUGCAGGUGCAGAGUUGCGGAGGAUCGACACAGGGGGCGGGUCAGGCCGGAGAUGGGGCGUGGACGAGCCGGACCGCUCUGACUCUCAAUGGGGGAGCCCUGCCAAUGGUGGUCGAACAAGAGAGACUCCGAAGAACCGGGACCUGGACAGAGAGCGGGCUGUUGCUGCUGCGAAAGUGUGGGGAGAGAACUGGAGGGAGAAGAAGCGGACGAAUGGAUCAGGGGACGACGUUGUGUGAAUAAAAUCCUUUGAAUUUGUGAAUCAUUGUUACCUGCUGGUGUUUGGCCGGAAAGGCUACAAUAUAUUGAUGAGCCUUUGUGGUUGGAUUUUCGUGUAUGAAAAUGUUGGUUGAAGAUUUGAUAGGGAGAAUGUUUUGCUCUCAUGUUUGUCUUUGUUGCAUGGAAAUUAAAAAUCUCCAAUCUUGUCUUUUCCCCACACACAGUUGCUAAUAUGUGUGUCAUGCUUUUGGACUUCA